AAGGAAUCAAACCUUUAUUUUAUCAGAUGCCCUGCGUUUAUAAUAUUACUAACAUCACAUGCAUUAAAAACACACAAAGACAGAAAACGUAGGCAUCGCGCAUGCAUCAUCUCGGUGCUGUUACACAUAUUUUAAUGGCCGUCUCCGUUUUGCUCUCUUUGUCGGCCUUUGUUUGUUUGGGAAGUUACAAGACGAUUCCCCACGAUCGCGAGCGGCAAAUGCGCUCCAGGUUCUAACUCCUCUCCUCCUCCUCGCCCUAGGGUUUUGCUUUCUCCUCUUUUCUUUGUCUCGAUGUCUCUGAUGGCGCUGAGGGAGCAGCUCAACGGUUUGGUGAAUUCCAUGUUCCUCGAGGGCUUGUUGGAUGACCAGUUCGAACAGCUUCAGAUGCUACAGGAUGAGAGUAGUCCUGGCUUCAUUGCUGAAUUGAUCACCUUGUUCUGUGGAGAUUCAGAAAGAAUACUGGCAGAGCUGACGAAACUGCUGGAUCAAGCUGUUGUUGAUUAUCAAAAGGUAGAUGCUUUUGUUCACCAACUUAAAGGAAGCAGCUCGAGUGUUGGUGCACAACAUGUGAAAUUGGCCUGUGUUCAAUUUCGACAAUUUUGCGAGGAGCAUAACAAAGAAGGGUGUCUCCGUGCCUUAAAUGUGGUCAAGCAUGAAUACUAUCUUCUGCGGGGCAAAUUUGACACCAUGUUGCAGCUUGAGCAGAGAAUUCAAGCCUAUGAGAGCAAACAGCAAAUCUGAUAAAAGUCCGCAGAGGUCUCUAUCAUGUGGUCUAGUUUUCAUGAUCAAGUUAUGGGUUGUCUGUGCCUUCUAAAGUUAUUGGUUGUCCAUAGAUUACUGACUGUCCUCAUACAUUGUGUUAAACAUUUCUUUGAAAUGAAUUUGAAACUUUGUCAGGCCAGUCAUGGCUAUAAAUAUCACUGGUACUGUACUAGUGUAAACUUCCUCAAACUUCCAAUUGACUGGUUAUGUAACCGGAGUAAUCGCAGCUAAUAUCUGGACUCAAAAGAAUAUUUGUGUUA